AUGACUCAUAACACACUUCAGCUUUCUGGGACCAACACAGAGUGCAAUGAUGAAUUUGCAGUUGAUCUGGGCGAGGAGGACAUGGAAGACGAACCAAAGCCCCUGGAUCACUACAUCCGGGAAGGGUUAAAGCAACUAUACCAGGAGCAGCUGCUAUGUGAUACAAUCAUUGUGGCCGGGGGUGAGCAGUUUCCAUGCCACAGGAUGCUACUUGCUGCCAUCAACCCGUACUUCCGCGCCAUGUUCUCCAGCUCCUUCCGAGAGUCACGGGACGGCGAGGUUCUGUUGAAGGACAUGGAUCCCGCUGUUGUCCAAAUGGUGGUGAACUAUUACUACACAGAGGAGAUUGCGCUCAUGCCGGAAAUGGCUCAAGACCUCUUUGUCGCAGCCAGCAGACUCCAGAUCCUCCCUUUGCUAGAAAGCUGUUCCAGGUUCCUCUUAGAACAGCUUUCCCUGGAAAACUGCCUAGGCAUCUAUGAACUGGGCUACGCGCACAGUGAUCCUGCACUAUUUCAACAAGCCAAGAACCUGGUCACCUUGCACUUCAAAAAUCUCUCUGCAGAAGAUAAAACCUUCCCCAACUUGAACCCCAGCACGGUCAUUAGCAUCAUAUCCCUGGAUAGUCUGGUGGUCAGUUCUGAACUUGCGGUCUACCGGGCUGUGUGGCGGUGGGUGACGGCCCAAGGGACGAACCGUUUCUCUUUCCUCGGGCAACUGCUCGCUCACGUCCGCCUCCCAUUACUGACCCAGGAAGAGCUAAGCAUGGUGCAGUCCGAGGCAACGUGCUACCGGGACCUCCGUCUGCGGUGGAAACGCCUCAAUCGGCAAGAGAGGCUGCAGCAGUGCGGCGGCUUGAGGCGGGGGAUGUACACCACCUGCAUUGUGUGCGUGGACCUCUUUAAUAUGGAAGGGCCUGAAUUGAAAACCAAAGAUUUCCAGGUUGCCUAUUUUGACCCACAAAGAGGGACGUGGGAAAAGCUGCCCCUGUUGAAAUGCCUCUAUUGUGCACGCUGUGUGGCUGUGGGAGAUAAGUUGUACGUCACCGGUGGGGUCCACACAGAUGACACAUAUUCGGACACUUUGCAUGAGUACUGCCCCUUGAGGGGCCGCUGGACCCAGCUGCCUUCUAUGUCUGUGGCCCGGGCAUCCCAUGGAUUUCUGGCUUGUGACCAAAAGCUCUUUGCUGUGGGAGGCUGGUGCAGAUAUGAAGAUUACCUCGACACCGCUGAAAGCUUUGACCUGUCGGAGAAGUUCUGGACUCCCAUUGCCAGAUUGCCUUUCAGCCUCAGCCACUUUGCCUCCGUGGCUUUAAAGAAAAGGCUGUACCUGAUCGGUGGGGUCACGGAUACUGUCGGCUCAUGGUAUGCCUCCCGCAAGGUUCUGAUCUAUGAAAUUAGCACUGACCUGUGGAGCCAAGUGCUCCUGGACAACGAGUGCUAUUGGUCUGGGGCUGUGGCCAUGAACAAUGGGAUCUACGUGGUUGGGGGUUAUUUCCGGAGCAGGGGGAGGCAUCACAACGAGCGGUGGCCCGACUCGGGAAACUUGCACUGCACUCGUAAGUGCUUCUUCCUGCGGGAAGAUGGCAAGGUGGAUAAGAACAUCUACAUCCCCAAGUUGCCAAUAGAGCUGGCGGGAGCCGCCGUGGUGCGCUGGAAGCAUCGGAUCUAUGUACUGGGAGGAGAAAAUACGUAUUUGUACAAUGAUCUCGAAGGAGAGAAUGAAGAGGAAUAUUACAACACAGUUUAUUACUGGGAACCAGGGGCCACCAAGUGGACUCUGUGCCAAGACAGGCUACCUUUUACCAGCUGGGGGCUUAGCGGCUUUGGAUGCACAACAAUGAAGUUCCCUCAAAAGCCUAUCCUAGAGCUUUUCCGAAAGACAUCAGUGGCCUUGACAGCCAUAGACGUUGGGACGCCCUAG